GGUUGCUGUCUGACAGCAGCUCACGGUUUCCUCAGUCUGAACUCAGACUGUGAGCAGCAAUGGGGUUAUUCGGCUUUGCUAUACUGACACAUCUCCUCCUGAAAUGCUACGGGCAUACUUAUUUCUAUCAUCAGACGGAUGACAAUGAUGAUGAUAGUAAGAUCACCUUGUCCUGUAAGGCUUCUCUCUGGCGGAUUGACAACCAGGUGGAUUGUGAUUGGGAUGAAAGCCAGACAAUGAUAACUGACACAGUUCCCUGCUCACAAGGAUGUGGUGGAGAACUGAACAGCCAGGUGGAUUUAGACAGAAGGCAGAAAGAAAUAACUCCCAAUGGGUUCCACCCAGAAGGAAGUGGUCUACAAGGUCCUCUGUGCUGUUGCUCAACAGAAUGUGGUGAAGAUGGAACAUACCAAAUAGAAGCAAGAAGUGGAUUCUAUGCUUGUGUCUGUGAUUGCACUUUUCAGCCAAUAUACUCAUUCAACCCUCACCCUGAUGUUGUGGACACUUACAUUGUAGCUGUUGGAGGUACACAAUUUGAGCAUGAGCUGCCAACUCAACAGAAUGUAACUGAAGGGUCAGCCAUCCUUCUAAGCUGUCUCUUCACAAUCCACCGUCGUUGGUCCUAUGUGAUCUACUGGCUGAAGGUGAACAGUGGAAAUGGGAGAGCCACCUGCAAAUCGUCCUGCAGCAGUGAGGGCCGUCAUGACCAGAUCUGCUCUGAAGACGCACGCUUCACCUCACCAGGUCCUUCAAGACGUAACCUGCACUGGACCUCUCAUGAUGUCAGUAUCAACAAUAGCCAGCUUAACGACAGCGGUGUUUACGUGUGUGUCCUGAACAAGCUGAAGAGACGGAGAAAAAACAACAUUGAUGGACAAAACACACAGGACCAAAGUGAGCUGGACACAGAAGACAGAAAGAGAAAAAGACACUGGAUUGUAAUACGCAGCAUCACAGUCAAUGUGACAAGGAACAGCCAACCAGAGCCAACCAGGAAGAAGCCAGGAGCUGAUGUGGGCUGGUAUGUGGCUGGUGCAGUCCUGCUCAUCAUUAUAAUUGCUGUCAUACUUUUGCUUGCAAGACAAAAAAUGAAGAGCAACAAAGCAAGUCAAUCUCUAAUGAUGCAAAGGAGUUGCCAUGGGGACCAAGGCACCACUGAGCCAGACUGCGCUCCCUAUGCAGUGGGCGUCCGGCAGCAUGAACCGUACUCAGUAGUACACAUCAGGAAACAGACGGACAGUGGGUCCACUCCAGCAGGACCCAGUGGACAGUCCUCAGAUGUGCCUGAACCAUAUUCAGUGGUUCAGUUCAGACCGCAGCCGGACAGUGUUGGGUUCACUCCAGCAGGACAGACUGCAGACGUGCCAGAAACCUAUUCAGUCAUCACACCCAGUGAAACAACAGGUACCUGGAACUAG